AUGGUCGAGAAGAUGGAAGGUGAUAGCACUGACGCUGCGCUCGUCAAGCCCAACUAUAAUUUCGCCCUCGCGUUGUUCACUGAGAACAAACGCAGGAAGACUUUCAACUGUGUUUCUGCAAUAGCUGGUUACGUGAAUGUGGACGAGCUCGUCAGGUGGGGAUUCUAUCUGGACGUCGAUCCCAAGACCGCAUCGAAGGUACACGACAACUUGGAAGAAUUAUCAAAACUCAUCGUACACGACAACUUGGAGGAAUUGGCAAAACUCAUCGUAUGCUGUGCAUUUUGCCGAGGGAAAUGCAGUUUGAAGACCUUCUUCAUCACCAGCGAAUCGAGUGAAACCAUUCGUCCGCGACAUCGUCAUUUACCUCCUGGCUACGAAGCAUAUUCCACUCCGCCAAGCGUCUACCAAUGUCACAAGGAAAUGAAUUGGCUGUGCCCCCUGCUGACGGGCAAAUGUCUUUCGAACGUGGAAUUUUCAUCUCGUGCUCUGGGCAAGGGUUAUCCAUCUGACGAUGAAGAUUUCAACCCUAACCGGAAGAAGAUGCUGUGCCAUGCCAGACGACUCUGGUCGUUUGAGUUCUUUCCGAAGAGAUACAUUGUAUCUACUGAUGAAAUGGCAAGAUGGGGUCUAUAUUAUACCGGGAUCCGCGACGAGACAGCUUGUAUUUUUUGCCGUCUGAUCAUUCACAACUGGGAAUACGGAGACAAUCCGUACGAGGAACACCACGCUUCUUCUGAGCUGAUCGGUGACGAAGGUGAGGAUUCCGGUCAUUCCUCAGGAGCAGUCAAACAAGGAGGGGAGGAAUAAAAAAGUGUCUUCGAUCCCCCAAUCGCUGCAUAUGUAUACAAACACGGGCUGAUUUUUAUGUUUAUCUAUAUGUACUUUGAUUCAUGCUUAAUCUUGGAAAUAAAGAA